AUGAAAGAGAAAAGGACAACAGCACCCGAGUUUACCCAUCUCCUCAACCUCCGGCUUUGCGAUUACAAGUCUCAAGAAUUAAUAUCUCCAAAGCCGCUAUAUAAAUUAUGUGAAGACCAGAAAGAUACCAGAACCAAUACUUCACUACCAUUAUCUUCCAGCCAAUCCACUAUCCAGACUACUCAGUCAAUUAGACCCUUCAUACCACACAACUUGUGGCAAGCUGCCUACAAGCAGCUGGACAAGGAGAAUGAGGUCAUCCACUUAAUGAAAGAGCAAUACAAGGAAUUUCAGCAGAAAGCGAAUGGAGAAUUUCGGACAUCCUCCAGGAAGAUCAUCAAUGCAGCACUGUCAUUUAAAGUUAUGAUCAGCACCGUUGCGGCUCUUGACCCUACACAGCAUACAGCUAGUGCUUGGGCAAUCAUGUCACUUGGGUUAACAAUGACUAAAAAUUAUCAUGAUCUACGAGAUGCCCUGUUUGAAUCAUUAGAAUAUCUGGCGGACAUUCUUGCGCAAUGCGCCUUUAUUGAAAAGAAAUAUUAUCUUGCCGGCAACUCCAAUGCCAAACAGGACCUGGAAAAUGCAUUAAUUAGACUCUACAGAGCUAUCCUACACUAUACAGUACUGGUACGAAAGGCCCAGGACGCUAGCAUAGGAAGGAAACUGCUGGACUGUGUCACUGCUAUCACGGACCACCGCUUAAAGAGCUUAAAGCAUCAGUUGAAAAGGAAAGGGAAAAAUCUUCUCAGCUUUGUGAGUCUACAUGUCACAGAAGGAGCAUCUUAUGAUUCCUAUAUUAAUCAACAUGAGGAUUUUUGCCUCCGGGACACCAGGACAGACCUUUGUCGUCAACUCUUGGAGUGGGCUGAGUCAGAUGGUAAAUUUAUAUUUUGGUUAAAAGGGAUAGCGGGGACUGGGAAGUCUACUAUUGCGCGGACGGUUGCUCAAUCUUUUAAAAACCAAGGACUGCUAGGUGCCACUUUCUUUUUCAAGCAGGGAGAAGCUGACUGUAGUAACCUAGUAAUGAGGCACCGGUGUGUAGUGCCUAGUAUCUUGAAUACUAUUAAGAAUAAUCCGGAUAUUGCAUCUAAAUUUCUCAGUGAUCAGUUUGACAAGCUUUUUUAUCAGCCUCUUAUAAAGCUGUAUCUAGACCAAGAAAAUAAUAUACAAGUUAUACUGCAGCUCUUGUUUAACAGACCUGAACUUCUAAUUUGCCUUGGCUUCAAGCAGGAUAAGAAUUAUCUGGACCUGAUUCUCCAUAAGCUUCCUGUUCCACUAGUAAAGAUCGCUAUUCCUUUAUUUAUUUUCGCGGCCACUAUUUGCUGUUUUAUUAAGGAUAGAGACUGGCUUCUAGAAAAGCUGACUGCUCUUGCACAGCUAGCUGGAAUACAGAAGAAUGACAUCCGCAAUCAAUUAAAUAGAUUUCACUCAGUUCUAAAUAUCCCGGAUAAUCAUAACGCGCCGGUCUGUAUUCUACAUCUCUCAUUUCGGAAUUUCCUUGUUAACACCAAAGGUCACUUCCAUGUGAAUAAGGGAAAGACACAUAUGAAAAUAGUAUCACUAUCACAUUGCCUUCCAAGCUACAGAAUACAGCGCAAGGAUAUCAAGCCUCAGGUCAUUAACCAGCACCUCACAGCUGAUCUGCAAUACUCCUGCCACUACUGGGUAUAUUAUCUUAAGCAGAGUAAAGGCGGUAAGCGAUUCCUUCACUGGUUAGGGGCACUAGCUUUAAUUGGAGGUAAAUUUGACGCGGUGGGGACGAUAGAUAUGCUGGAGUCAAGCGAUGGGUAA